AUGAGUUUAAGAAAGGGAACCUCUAUUUUUUCUAGAUAAUUCAAGAAAGCUUUCAAUGAUGCAAAAUACCAAAAUCUUACUGCUGCACAAGGUGAAACUUAUUCUCACUUAGGUUGGAUUUCUAAUGUUGAUUUGAGACUUGGUAGAGCUAUUUUUACUUUUGGUGUUGUUGGUAUUGCCUUCUGUAUCUAUCUUGAACCUUCUUACUUCCAUGAAACAUUUGGUCACAUGAGUCAACCUCCUAAAUAUGAUUUAAUAGAUAGCAAUAUUAAUGGAGUUGAAAAGAAACUUAACAAAUAGAUCCUUCACAGAGAACAUAACGAACAUAAGUUAGAUGGUUUCGUUAGUAUGUUUAAGGGAAGUGAUGUUGCUAAAAAUUGA